AUGAACACUGUUAUGGUGAGUUAAAAACUGAUUGCGCAGUAAUUGUGAUCGCCAAAAUUUGCGCAAAAUCUGCCUCCGUAAAAAACUGGCAGAGUCUGGAACGCGAAUGACUGGUAUGCCUAAGUCAGAUAGGCCUAGCUUUUCUUUAAAUCCCCUCGAUGACUUUCCUAAGUCAUCAGUAUUAAGUCCGACUAACUGUCCAACACUUCGGAAGAAUAAGAAAUUACACGAUGAUUAUGGUAAUUUCUGAUGAACAUUACGGCCAUAAAGAAGAAACGCUUAUCGGUUAUGACCAUGUGCUACUAUCUACGAGUCGGUAGAGGUCGUAAUGAAAAAAGCUAAAAGGUGACCCGUUUGCCUCUGAAGUGACGUAUCCUUGGCACACCCCGACUCUGCCGGAAUCCAGCCCAAUUUUACCACAUGAACAAUGAUAUGAAAAACGUCCCUAACAAUUCAGAUCGGCAAAGUUGAGAGAUCCGGGUUGAUUAUUUGAAGAAGAAGAAGAAGAAGAAGAAGAAAAAGAAGAAGAAGAAGAAGAAGACGACGAAGAAGAAGAAGAAGAAGAAGAAGAAGAAGAAGAAGAAGAAGAAGAAGAAGAAGAAGAAGAAGAAGAAGAAGAAGAAGGGCUCACCGGAACAGGCUUAUUUAGAUGCUGACGUUUCGAAGAGCUUGGCCGGCUCUCCAUUGUCAAAGCGUAAAAUGCUCUUAAUCGACCGGAGAUCCCAAGUGGAGUGUCACGUUGGUCGGCCUCGUGCUGAUCGAUUUUGCUCUCCUCUCGCUGCCUCGUCCUCUCGGGGAUGGUUGACGGGCGUUUUGUCUGCGUGCUUUGUGAGUCACCACUCCGUCAGGGGGAGCUGA